AUGGUACGGCAUCGCGAUCCCCUGUCGUUUGCCAGUACGGCCUCGACUGCACAUGCGACGGGGCGGGCUGAUGCAGCGAUGCGUGCGGCCAGUUCUGGGGCGCCUGAGGGGGCGGCGCGGGCGCAGCAGCUUGGGCUGGGGCUGGAUACGAUUUAUGGGGUUUCAAAGGGGGAUAUCAGACGUCUCGCUCGUCGCGGGGGCGUUAAGCGCAUCUCCGGCCUAGUCUACGACGACAUUCGCGGUGCACUCAAAGACCGCCUCACAUCUAUCCUCAAAGAUGCAAUUGCGGUUGUCGAGUCGAGCGGCCGAAGCACAAUCACAGUCACCGAUGUCAUCUUCGUCUUGAACCGCCAAGGACGCUCACUUUAUGGCUUCGACCCCGCAUUCAUUAGGAGUAGGCAAUAG